CAUCCAUGGAUACCCAUGUUUCUUCGAUAUCAUAGAGAUUGAUUAAUUUAACAGAAGACUAUAAUGGAUACAUAGUCGGUACAUCCUAACAUAACAUUGUUGGAUUGCUUUUGCCCAUUCUCAUUUAUGGAGGGAGGGAGAGAGAAGGGCUAGCUGGUAAUUAAUUUCGCGGAGUGUCGCCGUGUCGGCUGUAUGUACACAUGCAGAGGACAGUAGGGAGGAGGAGGGCAAGCAUCCAAGUUUAUCACUUUCCUUCCACCUUCCACACAAAAGAAAAGUUGAAACCCCAAAAAAAGGAGAAAGAAAAAAGAGAGAGAGAGAGAUCCAAGAAGGCAGUGAGGGUGGUGGGUGGGGUUAUAAAACUGACCUCUCUCCCUCCCUAUAUAUAUAUAUAAAUCAUCAGUCUAACUGAAAAACAUCAAUCAAUCAAAGGGUGAUCAUCGCCAUCAUCCAAGUCACGGCCUGUUCUUUUCAUUCAGGAGACACCAUCAUCACCCAAAUCAUUCGACAAGAAAAGCGGCCGGCCAACCAACAAGAAAAGCCUCAUCUCAGAUAUGUCAAUGUCGACCAUGUCCGCCGCCGCAGCUCCAACCUUGUCCUUAGACCAACAGUACCACCAAAACCAGCAGAUCCCUCCUCCUUCCUCCAACUCGGAGCAGCUCUGCUACGUUCACUGCAACAUUUGUGACACCGUCCUCGCCGUGAGCGUUCCGAGCGCGAGCUUGUUCAAAACGGUGACGGUUCGUUGCGGCCACUGCACCCAUCUCCUCCCGGUCAACAUGCGUGGCCUCAUCCAGCUCCCGCCGCCGCCCACUUCUCCCUCCGCCGCCGCACCCUCUCCGUUCAACUUCCCCCACCCCUUCUUCUCCCCUACCACUACUACUGCUUCCCCUCACAGCAGCAACCUCCUUUUCGAUGAGAUCCAAAACCAAGGUGCUGCCACCACUCCAUCACCGCCGCCGGCAAACUUGCUGAUGUUCAACCACCACCAGCUGAAUUCUCAUAUCAACAACAAUGACUACUUCGGCUUCAAUUCAGGGAGAGGUGGAGGAGGACUGCAGGUGUCGUCGGAUGAGCUCUCGAGGCCGCCGCCAUUGGUCGUUAAUAGACCUCCUGAGAAGAGACAGAGAGUCCCAUCUGCCUACAACCGAUUCAUCAAGGAGGAGAUUCAGCGGAUCAAGGCAGAGAACCCUGAUAUCAGCCACAGAGAAGCUUUCAGUGCUGCUGCUAAGAAUUGGGCUCAUUUCCCCCACAUUCACUUUGGUCUGAUGCCUGAUCAGCCAUUGAAGAAGACGACUAACACUACCCUCCUCCACCACACUCAGGAGGCGGAAGAUCAUCAGCAGCACCAUGUUCUAAUGAAAGAUGGGUUCUUCGGUUCAGCCAAUUUCGGCCUUGCCGGUGCUCCUAAUUACUGAUCAUGCAUCAUCAUGAUGAUCAAGUCGAGAAUGAAGUAGUAAUGGCCGCCGGCUGGCAACCGUCACUUCGAUCUGCUUAGUUUCUGCUUCAUCUUUUUACUGUUUUGUUGGUCUAGCAAGCAAGAAGUGUGAACUUAAGAUAAGAUCGUAUGGUAUGCUUUAUUUUUAAGUAACUAGCAGCUACAUGUAAUGUUAACUGACUGUCUAUGGAUAUGGAUAAAUCCUCUAAUGUCUGAAAUUAAACCAAACCCUACUCUUCCUAAUGUCUGCAAUUAUAUAUGAAGUGUUUCCUUUCAAAGAUGACCACAAAGACUUCAAAGAAGAAAGAAGUAGAUCAUAACUAAAGACCGGUUCUUACGUAUUGGUAUACAUUUGCAUAUAACAUGUCUAUUCCAUGCACAUGCUUGGACUAAUGCAAGCAUUGUCUAUUAUCACGAGAUAACUUAGGGUUACAACUAAUUCGAAAAUGAUCACUACUGAUAAACGCAUAGUAACCUAUCAUUUAAAAAAAGUGGAUAUUGUGCACCAUAAUAUGUAAAUAAACUCUAAUAAUUGGCUUUAUAACGUUCUUUUUAUGAAGGAUGAAAUUAUAUCAAAGGAGAAAGAAAAUUUACAGGAUGGAAAGGUACAAACUACCAAGUGUAAAUACAUGAAUUCGCACGAAGGCUGCUCAGCAUACACAAUUGUCCGAAUUAAAUAUGAAACUAUUAGAUUAUUAUUAGAAUAAUUAAACCCCAAGUAAAACACUAAUUUUUUUUUUUUUGCCAUUAGAUCACUCUUAAUAAGAGAAAAUCGUUCAGAUCAUGAUAAUCAGUAGAGUUUAAGCAACUCUGGAACGUAACCAAGAACAGAAGUCAAACCUCCGAAACAAUGGAGGCGACAAAGAAAGAGCAUGGUGGGCUACAUAGUGAGCCGCGUUGUUGCGAACACGACUAAUGAAUUGAAUCAUAUACGAACCACCACUACAAAAAAAAAAAAAAAAAAAGAGAUUUGGGGACAAAUAUCAGGGCACAGUUCUCUUAGAUUGUCUCCGCAAAUACAAUUCUAAGUAGUAUUAGGGACAAGCGUAUAAAUUGUCUCUAUAAAAUAAGGGAUGUGAUAUUUUUUAUUUUUUUGUUUUAUUCCAAUGUCUCCAAAACAAAUCUCGCUAAUUUUUUGGACAGGGGUUUUAUUUGCUUGCAGCCUGGGUUGAUUUUUUGGUCUUCAAAAUAUAUUAUCAAAAUGAACACAUCAUUUUUUCAUCAUGAACGUUUUCUUUUCCGUUUUGGAGUUGUACUCUGGUUUCCCUUUUUAUUUAUUUCUAUUAUUGUUUUCCUCUUAAGUUGGAGCUUGUAAAAGGGUUUUUUGAAGUCUGAAUUACGAAUUUUGUUGGUAAGUUUAUUAUAUUCAUAUUUAGCUUAUGAUGAUAACUUUACACAAAAAAAAAGCUUAUGAUGAUAAUCUUUUUUAAUUGGGCGAACACGAAAAAUCCUCUCGCUCAACGAAUUUCUCAUCCACGAGCUUGGCGUAAAAAGAUGAAACUGAGAAGAUAUGUGAGCUCUCAAGCGACCACACCAGUCUAGCCAGAAUAGAACCAAGCCUCUCGUGAGGAAAAGACUCCAAUAGAGUCUAGAAUCGAAUACAUUUUGCUUCAACACCACUCGUUAGACUGUGAGACAGAGGCACCGCUCAUGAUUUCCUAUAUUGUCGACCAAAAACAUGUUAAAAUAAUACAGAUCAAAGGAUACUGAGGCAGCUUCCACCCUCGGGAUAGACUCAAAGGAAUCCCAAAUAUCAUUCCAAAAUAAAACCACUUUCCUAACCUCUGAAUAGAUGACCUAGAUAAUAUUCUAGAAUUUAAUUAGGAACGACACCUCCGACACCAAAAAGUUCAGCACAUUGAAAAUAAAAAGUAGUCAACUACUCUUUAGUUUGAUCCAAUCAAUCAUAACAACAAUCGUUCGUUAUGAUUCGUUCUGAUCAAUGUGGGUCAUAUCGUUACCCUGUCGCUAUAUUGAACAUGACAAUCAUUUAUUAUUGAUCCCGUGAGUGUUCAUCAAUGUUGAUCAUAUUUCUUAGCAUUGUUCACUUAUGUACUUGUACCUAUCCCAUAAUUGUUCAUAAAGUCUUGUGCUCCAUACAUACACUACUCAAUGUAAUACUCAACAACCUCUUUUUGUGAUUUCAUUUUUUUCACUGGAUAGUAUACUUUUUAAGAAGACUGAAGCUAUGUAAUUUCUAUAAUUAACCGUCUAUAAAGCAAUGCCAAGUUAUUUGACAAUGGUAUCGUCUAGGGUUUGCAUAAACCUGUUUUUCGCUUAAAAGAAGAGACCAGAAGAGGCCAUGCGGACAAGUACAAAUGUACAUGGAAAGCAGGAUAGAGCAAAGAAGUGGCCGGUAGCUAUGCAAUUGCAAUGGAUCGAUCGUUCGUAUAUAUGGAGAGUUAAUUGAGUAGCCUGUUGCUGCUGCUGCUGCUCGUAGCUGGUAGUGUAGUGAAAGGAACAGGUGAGGGAAAGGUGGUAGCCCACCCACAGGCCCCGAUCAAGCCAUGCACACGUCCCUUUCCCACCCACCUUCAUCAUCUGCCGCCAACCAUGCAAAGCAAAUGCAAAUGCAAAUGCAACCCUGGCCUUCUCUCCCUCUUGCUUUGGGAAUGCUGCCUACCCACAGCCACAACUUCCACCCACAUACAUUAUCAUAAUCAUCUUCCCUUAAUCAUCCUUCCCCGUCACACACACCAGACCCUACCAUGUACGUUGAUAGCACUGGUACGUUAUACUAUGCUUACAUUGUUGGAUUGCUCUCUUGUAUUAUAGAUCUUUGAAUAAUUAUGCAUAUUGAGAAGAAAACAUAUAGUCAAAUACCAUUAUGUUCUUCAUUUCGCAUAUUUGAUGCUUAUUCAUGCAAGUUAGUGCUUAUUCAUAUAAGAAUUAUGGUUAUUCACAUCAUUGUAGUGUUACAAAAAAAAUAAUCAGGUCCAAAAUUGUUCUAGUAAUUCUACCAAUGGUGUUUUUAUUUAGAGGUCUAAGAUUCUAAUUGCUUAAGUAGCACAUAAAAUUAAAAACAAACCUUUGCCACUCUUAUAAAAAUUAAGAAGUUUGAAAAAUCCAAUUUUACUCCAAAAAAAUUAGGGCCAAUACAAACUAUUAGGGUUGGGGGAUGUCCGUUUCCAUUAGGGGCUUGUUUGCUUGAUAAAUUUGGUGAGAGAUUUGAAUUCAUCAUGGACUUUGUCCACAAUCCAUUGUUUGCUUCAUGCAUCUAGGGACAACAAUCAGUGGGUGCAACGAACUUUAAAGGUCCAAAUUCGUGGAUUACACGAACUUGAAAGUUCCACCUAUUUGGUGGGAAUUGAUCAUGGACUUUAAAGUUCAUUAUUUAUGACCAAACUACCCCUCCUAUUUCAAUUCUCUUCUCAUACCAAUGAGGACAAUAAAGGUAAAUUUCACUUCAUACAUAUAAAUCUAAUUAACUAAUUCCAUCAUGAAAUCUAUGAGACAAACAUUGGUAUUUUGCAAGUUCAUGAUGAACCCAAAACCCUCAUAUCUCCAUGAUCUUACAAAACCCAAAUUUUAUCAAAACCUUCAUUUUUCAAAUCCACGAAACAAAUGAAGCCUAGAUGCUCAUCUAUAUAGAGGAGAGGAGAGGAGAGGAUUUGGGCCAUAUAAAAACAUGUGUCACUAAUAGUAGGGAGUGCAAGCGUCCAAGUCGAUCACACUUUCCUUAGCUUCCACACACAAAGGAUAAGAGAGAGAGAGAGAGAGAUCCCAAGAAGGCAGUGGGCUUGUGCGGUUAUAAGUUAAACAUCUUUCUACCUGUGUAACAAAACAUCAGUCAAUCAAAAGGUGAUCAUCAGUUCAUCACUAUCCAAUCAACUGUACUUUUCAUUCAGGAGAUACCAUCAUCAUCAUCAUCAGAAUCAAUAUAAUAAUAUAGAAGGAAGCGGUCAGCCAAACCAACCAACUGUUGCCAACCACCAAGAAAUUAAACACGUAUAACACACAUCAGAUGUCAAUGUCGACUAUGUCCCCCGCUCCCUUCUUCUCCCCUACUACUACUACUGCUUCCCCUCACAACAAUAACAAGCUCCUCUUCGUACCUAAACUAUAGGGCUAGCUUUCUGGUGGCCGAUCUCUACUGGUCAGUCAAGCCUUCUGAACAGUAGUUGGCUUCCCUUUUCUUUUUUUUUUCUUUAUAUAUAUAGUUUUCAUCUCCCCAUUCAAAAUUUUGGAUUUUCAUCUUUUCCAGGAUUUUCAUCUCCACCGCCGCCAGCAAACUUGUUGAUGUUCAACCAGCACCAGCUGAAUUUCCCCGUCAAAAAUAAUGACUACUUGGGCUUCACUUCAGCUCGAGGAGGAGAAGGAGGAAUAUUCAUGCAAAGUCCCGUCGGAUGAGCUCUAAAGGCCGCCUCCAUUGGUAGUCAACGGACGUACGUAAGAACCUAACAUUCAUGAUUCACCUCUCCCUCCCUCUCUCUCUUCUUUAUCCCUCUCGAAAAAGGGGAAGAAAAAAAGGGAAGGUUUAUUAAGAACCAAAACUUGGUUUACAGCUAGCUGGUUGCAGCAAUAAAUUUUACCAAAAGAACCCUAGCUAGCUAGCUAGUUGAAUCGAAGUAGCACUGUUUUUUUAGCAUGAAGCGGCUGCUGCAACUACUCGUAAAAAGCUGCUCAGAAAUCGCACGCCAAUUAUAUUGGAUCUGUGCCCCAAAUUCUUAUUGAUUGAAUCAGCAGCUGCAGUUUUUAUAAUAAAGCUUACAUAUAUAUAUAGAUUACUUAAUAAUUAGUUGGUUAUCGUUUAGGUUGGUCGCCCGGCUGGCCGGCCGGGGGAAAAGGAAAGAACCCAUCAAGUAGCAAAUGAUUGUACUGUUCCGUCGAGGUUUAUUUAUACUCCAUUUAAGCUCGCGCAAAUAUUGUAGCCUAGAAGAUAUGUAAAAAUACCGAAUCUUUUGGGGAAGAGAGAGUAAAUUGACAGUGGCAACCAGCAGCAUCACAACACAAAAGAAACGACAAAUUAGUAGCAAAAUAAAUAAAAAAAACGACAAAUUUUAUUUUAUUUCUUUGGGGUUUUUCUUUACCGUGAACGAUAUUAUAUAAUCACAUGCAUGGCGAUCAUUAUGUCAUUGUUUUGACUAUAUUUCUAUUUUCCACAUAUCAAGAGCUACAAUGAGUAAAAAGUUAAUGUGGCGCGAGGGUGGGUGUGGAAUUCAUUAGUUUAGUGAAUGAAUGUAGGGAGGAGAUCCAGCGGAUCAAGGCAGAGAACCCUGCCUGAUACUAGGAGUGGUUAUACAGUCUGGUACGAUUAAAUUGAUCCAGUUUCAGUUAGUUUUUUUUUUUUUUGAAAAUAUAAGGAUCAAAUAUUAGAUUGGAUACGGUCUGGUCUUGACUCGGUACGGUCUUGACUCGAUUCGGUCUUGAUUUUAGAUUGACCUUGUGGAGAUUUGAGUGGCCUGAGGCCUCAAAUGGUGAGGAGUUGGUUAAGUUUUGGGUUGGACUCUCUUAUCUAGUCUUUAUCUGGUUUUCAGUCCGGUUCCGAACGAUUUUUUACCUCAAAUUUCAGCCUGAAGAUCAGAUUAGUUUGUUUGCUAUCCGAUCCUAUUCCGAUCUCGGUCCGGUUUUGGGUAAACCAAAAAGCCCGAACCAAAUAACCACUCCUAAUAUCACCAACAGAGAAGCUUUUUAGUGCUGCAAAUAAUUACAUAAUAAUUUUAUCAAAUGGUA